UGCUCCGGCAGAAACAAGGAAAUUAAAAACCUUUAGCAGGUGCUCCACUGAGACAUAAAUCCACCACCUUUCGAGGGUGGCUGUGACCCACUGAGCACUCGAAACAGGACAACAUGGGACUUCUGUCCGACCCAAACAGAAGACGGGCUCUCAUCAACCUGCUCACUCGCCUAAAUGCCCCAAUAUGUGCGGUCUGCUACAUUGCGGGUGUUGCCUGGUUCAUGGGUCUGGCCUUUGAGCCCUUCACUCUGCGGACUUACAUGUCAGAGAACGCCAUGGGUUCCACAAUGGUAGAGGAGCGUUUUCCAGCAGGAGAGAGGGCACUGGCCACGGGCAGGGAGUUUGCAGCUCAUAAAAAGAGAGCUGGUGGGAUGCCAGUAGAUUGGCUGGUGAAAACUAUGCAGUCUCGAGGGUUGGAGGUUUUCACUCAGAAAUUCUCUCGCACCCUGCCCUUCCCUGAUGAAAACAAAGAGAGAUAUAUGGUGAAAGGUACAAAUGUAUAUGGGAUCCUUAGGGCCCCAAGAGCACCCAGGACUGAAGCCUUGGUGCUGACUGCUCCCUGCAGCCCGGGUGACGACAACAACCAGGCAGUGGGAUUGCUGCUUGGCUUGGCCCAGUACUUCAGGAAUCAGAUUUACUGGGCCAAGGAUAUCAUCUUCCUUGUGAAUGAGCAUGAUCUGAUUGGUAUGCAGGCCUGGCUGGAAGGUUACCACCACACCAACACCACAGGCAUUGACUGGUCACCUCUGCAAGGCCGUGGAGGUUCAAUCCAAGCAGCCCUGUCCCUAGAGCUCAGCAGUGACAUCAUUACCAGUUUGGACCUGGUAUUGGAAGGUCUCAAUGGUCAGCUACCCAACCUCGAUUUAGCAAACCUUUUCUAUGCCUUCUGUCAAAAAAUAGGAGUCACUUGCACUAUACAGGGAAAGCUGCAGAGAAAUGACUGGGACAGUGUAUCAGGCUAUAGCCAUGCUGUCCAGACCAUGAUGCUGAUGGUAAUGAAGCAAGCCAGCGGCCGACCAUGGGGGGACCACGGGCUUUUUUUACGUUACCACAUUGAGGCUGCCACUAUUAAGGGCAUUAACAGCUUUCGACAAUACAAGACAGAUGUCACCACUGUUGGCAGACUCCUGGAAGGAAUGUAUCGUAAGCUGAAUAACCUCUUGGAGCGCCUGCACCAGUCCUACUUUUUCUACCUUAUGCCAUCCCUGUCUCAUUUUGUCUCCAUUGGAUACUACAUGCCAGCAUUCGGCCUGCUCGCUGUCAUCCUUCUUCUUCGUGCCUUAGACCUUUGGGUUCAACUAGCAACUCCACCAGUAAGAACAGAAGAUGGUAUUGCUGACUUGGAGCAGUCGAGUCCAGAAGUGCUGUCUGUGCUGACUCCUCUGGUGAUCAGCCAUUUGACCGGAGCCGCUCUGUACUUCUUCCCAAUCCAAUUUCAGGCGACGGCCGUGGAACACUUCCCAGUAUCUGAGAGUGAGGCUGUGGUCCUGACAGCUAUUGCUAUUUACACAGCUGGCCUCGCUCUGCCCCAUAACACACACAGGCUGCUGUCUGGUGAGGGGGUGGAGCAGGACUGGAGGGUGCUGAAGCUCAUAGCUGUGCUGUACAUGGCUGUGCUGCUGGGUUGCACCGCCCUCAUUAACUUCUCUUUGGGCUUCAUCCUGGCUCUCACCCUGGUGCCCAUGGCUGCAUUCAUCACACCCCACAGACCAAAGGUUCUGUCAGCCUUCAUCAUGGUCAUUCUCAGUCCGGCCUGCACACUCCUCUUUCUUGUCUUCUUCUUCCAAGACCUGCAGGAAAUCCCCGUCAGCUUCGAAGACGGUUGGAUGCUCUUCCUCUCAGUCAUCUCACAGGGCAUCUUAGACCACUCCCUCUAUGGCUCUCUGGUCUACCCACUUAUAGCCUUGAUGGUCUAUCCUUGCUGGCUUCUUUUCUGGAACAUUCUCUUCUGGAAGUAGAUGUCAAAGGGGUAAAAGCAAAAAAAAAAAAAAAAACCCUGAAGUAUUCUCAGGUUUGUCAUCAAUGGUGGAAGAUGCAGAAAGACUGUCAAAUCCACAGCAGAUACUGUAAAAGAGGGAUAUCUAUACUUGACAUGGAAGUGAUGAAGUGACUUCAGUUUUGGACAUUUGUUGGCAUGGUAACGGUAACUGAGAAGUAUCUGAUUUUACAUUGUGGAGGAACUUUCAGGAGGAAUUUUUAAACCAAGAAGAAUGGACUCAUUUUUACUUCAUUCUUACAAAUGUAGAAGUGGAGAAAGGUGGUUGUUUCUAAAGGUUAUUUCACACUUCGGCUGCUUUCUGUAAAAAAAAAAAGUUUUAAACUUCACGAGUGUCUUUUUGAUUUUUGUGGUAUAUUAAUAAAAAACAAAGCAAACCAAAUUUCCAAGACAAGGAAAAUAAAUUAGUGAGUUGUGAACAUGUUGACCUCCUUGGAAAUUUGAGUUGUCAUCUACGUUAAUCACUGCACUGUUUGUUUUUGUUUUAUUUCAUUUAACAGGCAGAAUGGCAAUGUGUGAGAAGCCAAUGGUCGGCCUUUGACAUCUGUAGAGCUCUCACUCUGUUGAACAAGCCAUCACUACAUUUAAAGUUUUAUACUUAUUUUGAUAACCUUCUUUAAAAUGUUUAUUUUUAUUUAUAAAUGCCAAAAUAAAGACUUAAAAGUUG